GAGCGGCGGUGCAAAGGCCGGGGUGCGAGGCGCUGCAGCCGGUGCCCGCAGCCCUGGGCCGGGUCCGCUCGCUGGCUGCGGUCGGUCAACCUGGAGGCUGCAUCGCCCGGAGCUCUCCCUCAGCGGCUCGGCUCCGCUCCGGAGAGUCCAGCAUGGACCACCUGAUCCUGUGGACGCUGCUGCUUCUGUCCCCCGUAGCCCGGGUUCAGGGCUGUCCCUCAGGCUGCCAGUGCAGCCAGCCACAAGUUGUGUUCUGUGCGGCCCGGAGGAGCCACACCGUCCCGAGUGGCCUGCCACUGGACACAGCCUACCUGUACGCCUUCGAGAACGGCAUCACCUCGCUCCAUGACGACAGCUUCCGGGGCCUCCCGGCAUUGCAGCAGCUGGACCUCUCCCAGAACAAGAUUUCCAGCCUCCAGAGGAAUGUCUUCCAGCCCCUCACCAACCUUGUCAACUUGGAUCUGUCAUCCAACCAGCUGCGUGAGAUCACCAACGAAACCUUCCACGGGCUGCGCCUGCUGGAGCGCCUCUACCUGGACCGGAACCGAAUCCAGCACAUCCACCCAGCUGCCUUGGACACGCUGGAGAACCUGCUGGAGCUGAAGCUCCAGAACAAUCAGCUGCAUUCAGUUCCUCCGCUGAACCUUCCCAAGCUCCUGCUGCUGGACAUAAGCCACAACGGCAUUGCCACCAUCGAAGCUGGUGCCUUUCACACGGUGAACAUAGAGUCUCUCAAGAUCGCAGGGCUGGGGCUGAGCAGCUUGGAUGAGGAGCUUUUUCAGAACUUGAACAACCUCCACGAGCUGGACAUCUCGGACAACUCGCUGGGCAGAGUCCCGGAGGUGCUCCGGCGGCUCCGGGGCCUCACCAGGCUCAGCCUGGCUGGGAACACCCAAAUCGCUCAGCUGCAGGCGGAGAAUUUCGGGGAGCUGCCCAACCUCCAAGAGCUGGACAUCAGCAACCUCAACCUCAACACCAUCCCCCAGGACUUCUUCAGCCUCUUCCCCAGGCUCCGGGCCAUCACCGCGGCCGAGAAUCCAUUCAAUUGCCUCUGCCAGCUGAGCUGGUUUGGGCGCUGGUUACACACCAGCCAUGUCACGCUCAGGAGGUCCGAGGAGACAAGGUGCCACUUCCCUCCCAAGAACGCUGCUAAGCUCCUCCAGCACCUGGAAUAUGCAGACUUCGGCUGUCCUGCCACCCCAACCCCCACUCCCACCCUGAGAACCACCUCCCUGCAGCCAGCCGUGCUCCUCACCAGCAGCGGGCACUCUGCGCUGGAGCCCAGCCUCGCUGCUCCCACUCAUGAGUCCGCACCCCGGCAGGACAGCUCUACGCGCGCACCACACACGGCUGCGCAGGGGCCGACUAGCCCCGAGAUGCAGAUUUGCCCUCCCCGGACGUGCUUAAAUGGGGGCACCUGCCAGCUAGACGCGCACAACCACCUGGAGUGCCAGUGCCCCAACGGCUUCUCGGGCUUGUACUGCGAGGCCGAGAUCCGGAGAACAACCCUGCCCCCCAUCACCCAGGCGCCCACGCAGAGCAAGCAAAUCAGCAUUAAGCAGGUCAGCAGCACCUCACUGACGGUGGACUUAAAAAACUAUCAACAGGCCAAAGAUCAGCUGAAGGGCAUCCGCCUGACCUACCGCAACCUGUCCGGGCCCGACAAGCGGCCGGUCACGCUCAGCCUGCCGACGUCGCUCUCCGAAUACACCGUACGCGCGCUGAGACCGAACUCCACCUACCACCUCUGCACUGGGCCGCUGGGGGAGAAGCCCUCCGAAGGGGAGUUCUGCAUCGAGGCCCACACUGCUGUGCAGGGGACUCACCAGCAGCACCUGCCCGUCACCCAGAGCAAAGACAGCAACCUGACGCUCAUGAUCGUGCCAGCGCUCGCUGCUGUGCUGCUGCUGGUUAUUGCUGUGACAGCAGUCACGUACUAUCUCCGGCACCGACGGGCUAAGGCGCAUGCUGAUGUUGGGGUGGACUCCAGCCCCCUGGAGCUGGAAGGGGUGAAAACAUGUCUGGAAAACAGAGACUUAGCGACCCACAGUCAAAAGCUGCCAGAGAACGUGGCGGUGCUGAACGGCUUAGAAUGCGACGUCCCUCUGAUGCACCAACGCUACCCCAGUAACAACAACAGCCCAGCGGUCAAGCCGUCUUAUUUCUAGAGCAAAAGAGAGACCGUGAGAGAGUCUCCAUUCACAAGUCCCAGAGCCUGGAUGGACGGGAUACGGGCUGACCGUUGUUACUACCCAGGGAACGUUCCACAUGGGACAAGGGACAUUGAGGGUUAACUUAAAUUAAGACAAAACCCCACAUAAUGUGCAAUUUUCCUAGAGGCUUAUACACUUAGGAAGUAGACACUGUAAUUUAUCUGCUCAGCACAUGACUAAGUGCCUGCAUUUCCCUGGCUGCCCUGCUGUGUGUCCAGAGAGAAGGUUUUUAGCCACCGCUACACAGAAAGAUGUGUGACUUAGUUAAGAGGCCUCAGUGUGCUGGUAACAAAAGCUCCUUUAGCUAAGUGCUGCCCAGGAUAACAGACUCCUCAGUAGUUCUACCUGAAAAGCAGGAAAGGAAGGAAAAAAACCCAACACACACAGCCAGAGGUGCAGGGACUCUCGGACUUACUCUCCCAGUGCGUUGAAGGAAAAAACCACCCGGGAAUUAAAGCUUUAAGAAUUUUUAGAGAAUAUUUAUACAUGGUUAUUUCCCAUUUCUUCUGGGAAAGCUCUUUUCUAACACAGAUCUGUGUCCUUUUGUUUUGUAAAAUAGAUGAAGGAAGAUGCUUUUUGUACAAAAAUAAAAUCUUUUGUACAGCGUUAGCUGCAUCCGGCUUGUGAGGGAUGCUAAGGCUGUAGGCACAGACCAACACGUCAGCGUCUCCCUACAGCACCGAGAAGUGGAAACACCGAGUUACCACUCCAGCUUUGAGGAGGGGGCCAGUGUCCUUAGGAGGAAUUACAGCUUCCCAUGAUUUGCAGGAGUCUGGUUAUCGUGGGGAGAGCAGUGGUGAUGGCUGGGUGGGGCGUGCAUUGAGUUUUCACUAUUGUGCAAAAAAUUGGCUCUCACAGUGUAAUUAGGAGGAAAAAAUUAAGCUCUUGGAGAACUCCAGCUGUCAGGGUUCUUUAUCCCUUUUCUUUAAUUCCUCGAGCCCCAGCCCCACAGGAGCUACAGUGAGUCUCUGAUUUUAACAGACUGCUGCAGCUUUCCAUUUAUGUUCAAAUUGGGUGCACCAAUUUAACGCUGGCAAAAAGCACCGGCCAGCACACCCUGGACACGGGAACCCUCUCUAUCUCCGGGGCGGGGAGAGCACUCACCGGGCCGCUGCAGCUUCCCCAGCAGCAGAUUCUGCCCAUGCAAGGGACCCCCUCUCUGGCUGAGCAGGGUGCUACGUCUGCAGGGCCAGUCACUGCUUGGCAGUUUGCCCCAAGAGAUGCCGCUCGCACCAACUGUGUGGGUGGCUUCCCUGAUGUGGCUCCUGAGGCGGAAUUGUGACCAAACUUAGCUGCCACCGAGCAGUGGCUCUGCACAGCCAGCAGGUGGGAAGGGCGGUGGGUCCCUUGUGAGCUGGAGGGAACAUGGACAGGCCAGCUAGUGGCGAAGGGCCCUCUAGCCCAAGGCAGCCUGCCCUCUCUGUAGCAUCUGUCACCAAACCCCAUUUCCAUUAGCAGAACUGGUGGCAGAUCUGCACCAUCUAGGGUGAGAGCAUGGUCCAAGGGUCAGGGCACCAAGUGGAGAAUCUAUUCCCAACUCUGCCACUUCCCCACUGUGCAGCUCUGCCUCAGAUUCCCAGGUUGGUAAAACACUUUGAGAUUACGGCGGGGGAGCGUUCCAUACCGAGCAGUUACGUAUGUGUAUUGAAGCAGAGCCUGGGAGCCCCAGUUAUGGACUAGGCACUGUACAAACAGAACACAAAG